CAAACAAACAAAUCAUAGACAUGAAGGAAACCAGUUUUUCCAUAACUUAUUCUUCACUUGUUUUCCUCGUAUCAGUUCUUCUGCUCCUUCCUUUGUCAACUGCCGAAGAUUAUCCUGGCCAGGCAUUCAUCGAGUGCCUCAUUUUUCGAACUAAUGCAUCAGUUACGAAUGUCACGUACACCCCUAACAAUGCUUCUUACGAGCCCAUAUACGAAUUCUCUCUGAGAAAUCCCCGGUUUAAUAACUCCGACAGGCUGAAGCCUCAAGUCAUUGUCACGCCAGUAUCCGAAUCCCAAGUCCAAGCCGUGGUUCGAUGCGCGCAGCAGAACCACUUGAGGAUUCGGACUAGGAGUGGUGGCCAUGAUUUUGAGGGUCUUUCGUAUAGUAGCACGUAUGAUAUUCCGUUUGUGUUACUCGAUAUGAUUAAUCUUCGAAAUGUUAGUGUUAAUGCUACGGCUAGAACAGCCACGAUUGGCGCUGGUGCUACGCUGGGUGAAGUUUACUACUGGAUUUACAGAGCAAGCGGUACGCUUGCGUUCCCUGCUGGUGUCUGGUCUACUGUGGGAGCUACUGGACUUAUUUGUGGUGGCGGAUAUGGUGUGCUGCGUCGUAAAUAUGGUUUCGCUGCAGACAAUGUCCUCAACGUUCGGAUUGUCGAUGUUUAUGGAAACAUUCUUGAUAGAGAAUCAAUGGGUGAAGAUCUUUUUUGGGCUCUUAGAGGCGGUAGUUGUUCCAGCUUCGGUGUUGUUUUGUCAUGGGAGCUCAAUUUAGUUGAAGUUCCUCAAACAGUUGCGAUUUUCAAUAUUUUUCGAACAUUAGAACAGAACGCUACGCAAAUGAUCCUUCCGUUUCAAACAGUUGCGCGGAACCUACCUUAUGAAGUUGAUCUUAGAGUCCGUAUUAGUACAAUUUUAAGCAACACGAGUGCUCGACCCGAUAACAAAACAGUUCAGCUAACAUUCACAAGUGUAUAUCUUGGUCCAGCAGAUGAACUAUAUCGGAUCGUUAAUACAAGUCUACCCGAGAUAGGGCUAUUGAGAUCAGACGUUCAAGAUGUCACUUGGAUUCAAGCUGUAAUGAUUGGCUCAUUUUUUCCCCUAUUCGACGAAGCUCCCACUCCGGAAGAUUUGCUUGACAGAACAUUCUUAGCUGAUAUUCCUACUAAAGCAAAAUCGGAUUUCGUGAGAGCGCCUAUUUCAGAACAGGGCAUAAAUGGGCUGUGGGAUAAGCUUCUAGAGGUUGAACCGGGCGACACAACCGUUAUCUUUACACCAUACGGAGGAGUUCUGGACGAGUAUCCGGAAUCAGCUAUUCCAUUCCCGAAUAGGAAUGGAACAUUGUACAUGGUUUACAUGAGGGUGCUUUGGGUUGGGAACACAACACAGAAACUUGAAUGGAUUAGAAGCUUAUACGAAUACUUGAGGCCUUAUGUUUCGAGCAAUCCACGAAGAGCGUAUUAUAACUAUAAUGAUCUUGAUCUGGGAUUGAACAAUGCAAUAGGUCCAAUCAACUAUUUCAAUGCUAGUAGAUGGGGAAGAUCCUACUUCAACAAUAAUUUUAUGAGAUUGGUUGCUGUGAAGACGCAGGUUGAUCCUCUAAACUUCUUCCGACACGAGCAAAGUAUCCCUCCCUUUUCGCUCGCUAUGUUCUCAGAUAUGUGAUGCAGAUGAUAAUAUUCCAGAUUCAAUUACUAAAUAAAACAUAUCGAUUUCGACCAUCACAAUAUCUACUUCAUUCAGAUCCAAAUGCAUCAGCGUUUCUUAACUAAGAUUGCGCAUAGAUUAUAUAGGUGGUUUAGUUGACAUUUAAAUAACAGCAAGUUCAAAUUUCUAGAAAAUAUAUAAAAUUAAGACUAUUUGUCUAUUUGUUUAACAAAAGUAAAGGAACCGUAAUUUUCAUGGA